AUGGAAGAUAAUAGAAAUAAUUUAGAAACGAAGCCACUGAAGUUCCCAUCCGACAAACUGAAAAUCGCCGACGAAAACCGCAAUGUGAAGAGAUCCCAAAAAGCGUCGGAGACGAGCGAAUUCGAAGCACCAGACGGCGGAUACGGCUGGGUCAUCGUCGCGGCGUCCUUCCUCGCCAUCAUGGUGGUCGACGGCGUCAUAAAUUCAUUCGGCAUAUUCCUCUCGUACCUGAAACAGGAAUUCGACUCCACCGACGGCAUCAUCGCUUGGGUGGGCUCCAUAUUGGCCGGCGUUACCCUGCUGGUGGGACCUCUGGCCAGCGCCCUCACCAACAAAUACGGUUGCAGAGCCACUUGCAUUAUCGGUAGCUUGUUGACAACAGCUGCGCUAUGCUUAUCAGUUUUCUGUACAAAUGUGAUAUCACUGAUGUCGACCUAUUUCAUAGCCGGUAUCGGCUUGGGGUUGAUACAACUACCAGCUAUAGUUUUCGUGGGGUACUACUUCGAAUCCAAAAGAGCUCUAGCGACAGGUAUCAGCAUGAGCGGCUCGGGAUUCGGCACGUUCGUUUUCCCGCCGAUAAUCGCCUACAUCCUUCGCACGAGCGAUUGGAAGAUGGCGAACGCGUACUUGGCGGCGUGCGCGCUGUGCUGCACCGUAUUCGGGGCGCUGAUGAAGCCGCUGAAGCUGAAGGCUCCGCCGCCGGAGACGGAGUACCAUCAGGUUCGGCUGACGAAGAACGAAGAGAGCAAAAGCGCGGUCGAUGUGUCGAUUGUCACGCCGAAGAAGCAGAGGAAGCCGGUGGAGAAUUUGGGACAAGCGAGGAAUCGGAGCCAGUCCAACGUCACCGAGUAUUUCGCGUUUAAGCGGCAUUAUUUUUUGACUAGGAAAGAGAUUUUUUAUACGAGUUCGGUGCAGCUCAACGUUCCUAUACCUAGGGAAAAAACUACAAGUUUUAAAUCUAUAUUAGAUUUGACUUUACUGAAGGACAGGAUAUUUCUAUUGUUCUGCAUAUUAAACAUAUUGUCGAUGAUAUCGUUGUACAUUCCUCUCGUUUAUAUUGUGGAUUACGCUAAAAGUAAUGUAGGUAACUCAAAUUUUGUAAACAGUAUUGAAGACGGCAAGGCAUCAUUCCUAAUUUCCAUUAUAGGAAUCGUUAAUAUAGUAGCUAGAAUCGUUUUCGGAUACAUCGUGAAUUUCCCAACAGUUUCUUCGCUUACGGUUAAUAAUAUUUGUCUGUUUAUCGGAGCAGCCGCCAUCACUCUGCUGCCCUAUUGCCAAACUUUCAUAACGUGCGUUUUUGCUUCAGUUUUCUUCGGUCUUUCAAUAGCUGCGUAUUCCUCAUUGAGCUUGAUAAUUUUGAUAGACCUGGUCGGCAUGGGUCAAGUGACAAAUUGCUUCGGGAUCACCCAGUUGUUCAGAGGGGUUUCAACGUUGAUCGGUACACCGUUGGGAGGCGUGAUGUUGAAUUGGGCGCACUCGUACAGCGUUCCAUUUUUCGUUUCAGGUGGAUUGUUCUUUCUGUCGGCGCUAUUCGGUAUUAUUGUGCAACAUUUACACAACAAAUCUUCUGAUACGGUUAAUGUAGGAAGUGUUUAG